AUGGAGAACGGCGCGGGCAGAUCGACCUCGGGCGGCGGCUAUGGCGGCGGCGUGACCAGAGCACGGGGUGGCAGCGGCGGUGCCCUAGGGCUCCUAGGGAGGCGUGCGGGGUGCGGCAGCCUUCUUAUAGAGGCGGCGAACCUUGGGGCGCGUGCGUGGGCCCAGCGCCGAAAGAAGCGGCGGCGGCGCUCCCGUCUCCGAAACAGACGGAGGUCGGGGAUGACAGGUGGGUCACACUCGUGGGGCCCACCCGUCAGCGGCAGCAGGUGGGAGAGGGCAGCGCGCGGCCGCGCGGGUGCUGGGCUGCGGCGCGGCUUGGGUGGGCCGCGGUGCUGGGCCAAGGCCCAAGUGGGGGAGGCGCGCGUGGGCUAA